AGCACGUAAAUGUGACAACCGGAUGGAUACUUGAGGCUCUGCUUCUUAUCCAAAUGCUAUAAUAGUCUAUCCAACCGGACCUCCUGUCUGCGACUAGCCGCUAGCUGCCUGAGGCUAGCAUAGCACCUGUCAAGCUUUGCUCCCCUGAAACAACGUGUUCUGUUCAUGUUUUUAGCUCGCUCGUUGAUUAAAAUGUCGAGUCACAAUCCUUUGUUGAGGCUCGAGCAGCGAGCGGCUGAGGCUGAUCGGCUCAUCGAGGACCUCAAACAGCAAGUCCAGCUGCUAAAGGAGAAAACCAUUCUCCAGGCCUGUGUCCGAGAGGAGAAGAAACUUUUGGUGGAAAACGCCAAAUUAAAGAAUGACAUCGAGGAUCUGAAAAAGCAGCUGCUGGAAAAAGAAAAGAGGAGAGGAGUGCUGGAUGUUGCUAUGCCAUCGGAUGACUCCAGUGUUGAUCUGGGUGCAAAGCCCACCCUCCCCAAACCUUCUGAUGCACCUCCUGCUGCUUCACCACCUCCUGCUGCUGCUCCUGUCCAGAGCAAAGACGAGCCCAAAAAGAAGAAGCAAGAGAAAAAAGGAGGUGAAAAAGCAGAAAAGAAGCAGGCAGCGCCGAGCCAAGAGGAAGCCAAGGUGGACGUGUCUCGUUUGGACCUGCGUGUAGGUCGUAUAAUCACGGCCGAGAAGCAUCCAGAUGCCGAUAGUCUGUAUGUAGAGCAGGUGGAUGUGGGGGAGGCAGCUCCCAGGACAGUGGUCAGCGGACUGGUCAAACACAUCCCCCUGGAGCAGAUGCAGAACCGCAUGGCGAUCCUGCUGUGUAACCUGAAGCCGGCCAAGAUGAGAGGAGUGGUGUCCCAGGCCAUGGUCAUGUGUGCGAGCUCCCCAGACAAGGUGGAAAUCCUCGACCCUCCAGGUGGAUCGGUACCGGGGGACCGCGUUUCCGUCCAAGGCUUCCCAGGUGAACCAGACAAGGAGUUGAACCCCAAAAAGAAGGUGUGGGAGCAGGUUCAGCCUGAGCUGCGCACGGAUGACCAGUGUGUUGCAACAUACAAGGGUGCUGCCUUUGAAGUCUUUGGGAAGGGAGUGUGCAAAGCCCAAACCAUGAGCAACAGUGGAAUCAAGUGAAAUACCAGAGCUGCUUGAAAUAGCUCCGUGUUUACUCUGCAGCCGUCUCCAGUGAUGACCACAGAUGGUGUUGAGUACUGGGAAGGUGAUGAAUGAUAGUAAAUACUUUUAAGAUGUUCAAUAAAGGAUUUUGAUUAGC